AUGGCCGCACUGGCGAACGCUGCGAUUAAUCACAUCGUCCGCGAGCUUGUUGAUCGCCAACACCUCACCUCGUCCGCCGCCUUCGCAAUAGCCACCGCACCAAAUGCACCUUUGCCCACACCAGUGGGCGUCGAUGGACUCGACAGCAUAACGAUAACUACGACAAGCGUGGCAUCCACACCAACCGCGAUGGCGAUCGGUGGACAGAACGGCGACGACCAGGGCGAGUGCCGCCUGCUGGGCCCCUUUGCGCUCUUCGUCCAGCUGGCACUCGGCGGGCUCGCCCUGAUGUCUUUGGUCUACAAAAGAUGGCGGGAGAGGCCGCAGCGGCCCCUGAAGAUCUGGUUCUUUGACGCGUCGAAGCAGGUGUUUGGCUCGGUUUUGGUGCACGUCGCCAACGUGUUCAUGUCGAUGCUCACGAGCGGGCGCUUCUCCAUCAAGGUCGAGCCGGCUUCCGUUGCAACGGUGCGGGCUGUGUCGAUGAUGGUGGUGCGAAGCCUGGUGCCGCGGGACGGGCAGGAUGGGGGAGCACCCGACGACGACUACACGCCGAAUCCUUGCUCGUUCUAUCUAUUGAAUCUUGCUAUUGAUACCACACUCGGUAUUCCCAUCCUCAUCCUCCUUCUUCGCAUCUUCACCGGCCUCGUCUCCUACACGCCCCUCGGCCAGCCGCCAGAGUCGAUCCAGUCAGGCAACUACGGAAGUCCACCCAACGCGUGGUGGUGGCUCAAGCAGUCUAUUAUCUACUUCUGCGGCCUCUUCGGCAUGAAGUUCUGUGUCCUCAUCAUCUUCCUGAUGCUGCCCUGGAUCUCUCGCGUUGGAGACUGGGCCCUGGGAUGGACCGAGGGGAACGAGAGGGUCCAGAUCGUGUUCGUGAUGAUGCUGUUCCCGCUCAUUAUGAAUGCGAUGCAGUACUAUAUCAUCGACUCCUUCAUCAAGAAGCAGGCAGGCAAAGAGGACGACGAAGGUCACGAAAACUCCGGUGCGACGGGAGGUUCCUACGAGAGGAUUGCGGAGGACGAAAAUGAGAACGACGAGAACCCUCACCAACCCCGCCGACGCAGCGGGUCGAUUCAAAUGGAGGACGAGACCGAGGCUAUCAAACAUGGGAAGAAGGUCAAGGGGCCAGCGGAGGCGGAAUAUGAUCCCGACCUCGAUGGUGACAGGACCACGGUGGUGGGGAGUGGCUCCUCGCCUGUAAGAGGGGGUGUACCCAAGGAGCUGUUGCCCAAGGAUGGCCCUCAAUCACUUCUACAUGCUUUGGACAACUGGGUUGCCAAAGAUGACAAUCAGCUCGACGGGUCGAUCACCAAACGGGCACCGCCCACCGCUCCAGAGGUGAUCUCCUCAGCCAGUACGGAUUCGUCACCCUACGUUUCCCGGCACACACCCACCGAUCUUGAUGCGAGGCGCCAGAAUCGCGAUCUCGCCCUCAUCACCGCGUCCCUCGGCGCGGGGAACCCCUGA